UCAUUGUUCAUAUGCGCUCUUAGAUUUUAGAACUGCUAAUUCCUGGUCUUUUCAGUCCAAGUGAAGGUGGCCUGUUCUUAUUUUUUUAUCUUUGGAUGGAAUUAAAUCCACAUUAUACAUAUGAAUGCAUUAAGUCUUUGAAAUAAGCAUUAAUGGUCUCUUCCCUGGAUUGGAUUUUAGUUUCCAACAAAGAAGACGAAAGCUUCCAAAUGCUUUUGUGUAGUUUUACUUCUUGUAUUUAGGUGUUUUUAUACUUUAAUUCUGUUGACAAAUAUGUUUUUUCUUUUUUAGAAAAGGUGAUAUGAUGUUGGGCUCAAGAUAACUUGACAUUUUCAAUAUAAAAUCUGAAACCAGUUAACCAAAAAAUAAUAAUUGCAGAUCAACAUACGUGCAGGUCAAAGUCUGAGGUAUUCCCAUCCAUUUGUCACACAAGGUUCAAGUUAUCAACAGAAUGGAUGAAGUUAUGAACAGAAGACCAGAAACUUUAACACACUGAGGACAGUUUGUUUCUUUCUUUUAACCCUGUCUAAGUGUAUAAAUGUUUGACUUUCUACCACAAGCAUGGACUCUUGCGUUUUAGGCUCUCAACCAACUGGAGUCAGCAUUUAACCCAUGGAGCAUGCUAUGGUCCGACCCCAGAGGGUCUGCAGAAAGCUCACAAAAGAGAAAAGAGACAUCCAGGCUUUUAUAAACCCUGAAACAAGAACAUGCAGACCAAAAGAUCCAAAAAUGCUGCCCUACUUUAGUGUUUGGAUCCUACCAUGAGCUGGUCUUCAUGGUGGACUGAAGUACCAUGCAUUACAUACAGGAACAUUCUGACAAAAUUAACCACAAACUAGAUUUUGUAAAAAAAAAAAAAAAGCACAAACACAACAAGAUACGAUUGGAUAAAUAAAUACAUAAAUCCAAAUGAAUAACCUCAUGGAUUUAAAAAAAAAAAAUUUUAUACUAGACCUCCACAAACAUAAAGACGUUGAAAAUGUAAAUGGAUGUGACUGCUGCAGGAAUAUUUAAAUUUACUUUAUUUCUAAUUAUUGUUACUUAUUGUCAAGAAUUAACAUUUUUCAUUUCAUGUAUUUAAUGCUAAAUAUUGUAUUUUUUUAUUUUAUAUAUUUUUUAUUUUACAUCUAUUGUUUUUUUUAAUUGUCUGAAAAUAUUCAUUUUUUUACAUUUUAUUUAUUAUUUUAAGUUAAAGUUUUACAGAGUAAACUAAUAUAUAUUUAUUUGAUGUAUUGUAUUAUUGCUGAAAGAUUUCAUUUUGGUUUUUAAACGUGUCCUCGCGCCGCACUGAAGCGCUCGCGCGUCGACGCUUCUCCUGCGCGCGCGCAGACUUUGCCGCCGCGCGGUGCACGUUGUUGCUGGCUGACCGCGCGCUCUGCUCUCCUCUGGUUUUUCAGGCUCGCGCGCCGCUGCAGCUGCCGUGUCCGAACCUCAGUCCACGCGGGAAGGAGACGACAGGUGAGGGACGGUGGAUGAUGAGACGAGCGUUUCUCCUCAGGCUGAGAGGAGCCCGUUGAGGAGGGGAAGAAGGAGGUGGUGGUGGAGGAGGAGGUGGAGGAUGUCGCUGCGGCUCUCAUGGGGGGAGAAGACACAUUCUUGUGGAGAGGAGCCCUGAGGAAGAAGGAGGAGGAGGAGGACCGCAGCAUGGGACCACGAAGCGCUUCUCCGUGAAGGAAGCUCAGCUCCUCCUCUGAGGAGCUCAGCGUUCACCUGAAGGACAGUGGACUCACUUGGGGGUGAAAGGGGGACUGAUUUUUCGGAGGACCUGCUCCCCUCCCCCCUCUUGCCCCCCUUACAUAAACGUUUGCGUGCCUUUAGUGCCCCCCUCUUCAUCGCUGAGUCCACACGCAGAGGCUCCUCGCACGCGAAGAUCAAAGCGACUGGACGCGGACGCAAUCUGCGCGCGCGGACAGGCCUCACCCCCCUCGCCCCCCACCCCCCUCUGUCUGAUGCCUCCCCGGCGCACAGGUGGACAUGGUACGGAGCCCGCUGUAGCAUUGCCAUCCUCCUCAUCACUACUGCCGCUGUCAUCAUCAUCACCACCAUCAUCAUCACCACCCUCCUCCUCCUCCUGUUCAGCACCACAAUGUCCUCUUCGUCGCGCAAGAUCUCCUCCGAGUCAUUCAGCAGCUCGGUGGGCUCGGACUGCGGGCUGGAGAGCCCCGGCGGGGACGGGGGGGAUGGCGGUCCGGAGCCGGCGGAGGAGAACCGGGGCUGCCCCUUCUCCUCCCAAAGAGCGCUCCUCUGGAACGGACGCAGCUCCGCCGAGAGGUCCGCGUGCGCGGCCGGCGAGCAGCAGCAGCAGGGACCCUUCAUACCCCACAAGAGGGUGACCAGGAGGAGAAGGGUGAACCUGGACUCUCUGGGGGAGAGCCUGAAGAGACUAACCUCACCCACGACCCAGACUGUUCAGGAAGCUCUACAGCGAACCCUGCAGUUCUACAGGAAACAGGAAAUCAGGUGUCAGGAGGUUAAAAGUGCAGAACGCCGGAGAGAACAGGCGGAGGAGAAAUGCCCAUUCCUGGAAAGUUCUGGUUCAGAAGAAGAUGUCCUGCAAAUCCUUCAGUACAUGGCCACCAUACUUGGAGUUCCGUUCUGUGAGCUGCGAGAACAUUUUGGAGAAGAGUUCUUUGGUCUCUGCUUCGAAGAAAACGAGCGUGUUCUCCGGGCCGUAGGCGGCAACCUUCAGGACUUUUUCAAUGGAUUUGAUGCCAUCUUAGAACACAUCCGCACCUCCACGGGACGCCGCGCGUCGUCUGAGAGCCCCUCCUUCCAGUGCAAGGAUCCACGUGAGGAGGAGAAGGGGAGGAGAAAACUGGACAAGGUCGGAAACCAGGGGAAGGUGUUACUUCUGCACUGUUUCAACCCCGCUCCCGUGGUUGGAUUAGUCAUGCCGGGUCUGAUCAGAGCUGUUGCCAGGCGGAUCUUUCAUUCGGAGGUUGAGGUGGAAGAGGUGCCGCCUCUGACCCCUCUUUUGCCCAAUGAAGGCACAGCACACACUGGAUUUGAUUCUACGACCCCCACGCCCACGGCGUCCCCCACUGCCUCGCCGUCCUCCUCACCGUCGCCUCCCUCCCUGUUUCCAACCACCGUCCCCACAGUUUGCCUUUCCUUCCAAAUCCACGAGGUGUGCCCAUCCUCUCUGUCCUCCAAUCCCAGUUCCUCCUCCGUCAGCAUAAAGCGCCCCCCUCUGUCGCUCUCCACCAACCCGAGUGACCUGCGAAUCGGCCUGGCCACGUUUUGCCGCGCUUUCCCGUUUCACCUCGUCCUGGGGCCUCACAUGGAGCUGCUGCAGCUGGGAGAAGGACUGAGGAGGCAGGCGCGCAUUGAACCUCACCGCAGCUUCUGCUUUAGGGACUGCUUUGAGAUCGUGUCACCCAAGAUGGAGCCCUCCUUCCAGGGGAUCCUCCUGAGGCUUGCAUCCCCCUUUACCAUCCGGACCAGGCCCGACAGCACGCAGACUGGCACUAAAGAAAAGGUGAUGGAGCUGAAGGGUCAGAUGAUCCACGUGCCAGAGUCCUGCUCGCUGAUGUUUCUGGGCUCGCCGCGGGUUGAUAAACUGGAGGAGCUGAUGGGCAGGGGCCUCCACUUGUCGGACAUCCCCAUCCACGACGCCACGAGGGACGUGAUCCUAGUGGGGGAGCAGGCCAAGGCGCAGGACGGCCUGAAGAAGAGGAUGGACAAACUGAAGGCCACAUUAGAGCGGACUCACCAGGCGCUGGAGGAGGAGAAGAGAAGAACAGUGGAUCUGCUGUAUUCCAUAUUUCCGGGUGAUGUGGCACAAAAACUGUGGCAGGGUCAGCACGUGCCCGCUCGCAAGUUCGACGACGUCACCAUGCUGUUCUCCGACAUUGUGGGCUUCACUGCAGUCUGCGCCCACUGCACACCUAUGCAGGUCAUCUCAAUGCUGAACGAACUCUACACGCGCUUUGAUUACCAGUGUGGCAUCCUGGAUGUUUAUAAGAUCGAGACAAUAGGUGAUGCGUACUGUGUGGCUGGAGGACUUCAUAAGAAGGUUGAUAGUCAUGCAAAGCCAAUCGCCCACAUGGCUCUGAAGAUGAUAGAACUAUCGGAGGAAGUGCUGACCCCGGAUGGGAAACCGAUAAAACUACGGAUAGGAAUCCACACCGGCUCGGUGCUGGCAGGUGUGGUGGGGGUCAAAAUGCCGCGGUACUGCUUGUUUGGGAAUAAUGUCACUUUGGCCAGCAAGUUUGAAUCGGGGAGCCAUCCAAGAUGCAUUAAUGUUAGUCCAACGACAUAUCAAUUGCUGAAAGACGACCGCUCUUUUUCAUUCGUCCCUCGUUCACGGAUGGACCUCCCAGAAAACUUUCCCAAAGAGAUCCCAGGGACGUGCUACUUCCUGGAGGCGGGGACCUCCCACAGCCACGCCUCCCUUACCAGCUCGCGCUCGGCUCCUCCCGCCUCUAUGAGGAAGGUCUCCUACAGCAUCGGAACCAUGUUCCUACGAGAAACAAGUUUGUAAAUCUGAACCCAGACCAUGUUGCACAGGCAUACAUAACACACAAGCCGGGAUUUGAGCCUUGGGAACGUGCAGGAGUCCAGAGAUCUUUGGAUAUGCAAACGCAUACUGUGUAAAUGUGGAUUCAGAUAGAUUGAGUGGAUAGUGGAUAGAGAAAUACUCUCGCACUCAUGGAUGGAAAAAGAGCCGCUUCGCCUCAUCAGCAUCACUCGGGAAGACGUGAGGAACAGCAGUUGCACCAGUUUUCCGUCUUUCCCCAAGGAUUUGAACCGGCUCAAUCAAUCUGCAGAGAAACCUUAAUAUAGGACUUCAAAUGUAGGUGGAUGUCUGCGCUCCGGACCUGGAGUUAGACUCCCUCAGUCAGAACGAUGUUCGGAGAAAAGGAGCCCACAGGUCUGCGACCGGGGUUCCACUCCUUAGCCAUGGAACUGUGCGACCAGAACAAAUCUACUUUUCAUUUCUAACGUGGGUGCUGAGCUUUGGAUUUGAAUGCAGUUCUGGGAGAUAAAUGUUUGCUGUUCAUCGUGUCUUUUUGUACCACAAACGAAGAGCGAUGCGGGGAUCGCCUCCUCCUGUGUGCUGAGGUCAUGUCAUGCCCUUCCUCCCACAGCUGGAACAUCCGUUUUCUCACAAACUUCACAUUUUGGCCAGUUUGGAGUUGAAGGGAGGGAAAACUUUGGAGGCAAAAUCAAAAUUUAUCAGCAAAAAGCAGACGCCAAGAAUCUGCCCUACUUUACAUUUUUGUCUUCUGCUAAUCCACAACGAAGUAAGACCAGUAAUCCAUUUUAUUUACAGCUAAAACGCUUAAAAAUAACUCCCAACUCAGUGCCUUUCUCAGCUAAAUUAGGUGGUGGUUCUACUUAGUUAUUCAGAGAAAAUCAACCAGGAAGACACGCUGAAAUUCUCCAGAUUUCUUUUGGUUUCCCAGAAAGAUGAAAAAAACAACAGGAAGCCUGUUCUUCUCACAGAAGCACCUUAACCCCUCAAGCCAGCUAAGGGUAGCAGCUUUUUGAGGAUUUCAUUCUAAAAAGAGUUUCUGCUGACAUAAGAAUCACAUGCUUCUCUAAGACUCCACAGAUCUCAAUUUCUAUUCACAUUUCUUCAUUUCUGUCCCGUCUUUGCACAAUUGACACAAAUUUAUAGAUGUGUUUUUUAAUUACUAAAGAUUUGGAUAAUAAAUGUCAUGUCUUAAUUGUAAAUAUAAAUGUGUUUCCCCUUCAUAAACUAAAAUAACACAUUUCAGAGGAAGUUUGUUUUGAGACUUGAUGAGCAAAAUCCAUGAACCGCCUUAAGAAAAGAGAAAUGUAUGAACUGGAAACAUAAAAUUAAGACAUGUAUGGGUUGUUGGAAUAACCUUUUUUACAGACUUGUGUGGGUCAAAUGCUAAGUAGAAUUGAUUGAAUUAGUAAAACAAAAACUAGGAGUCUGUUUAGUACAGAAAACUACAUUAAACAGGAAAUAGUUUUCAGUAAAGAUACUUUAUGCUGUCUGAACCUUUUUUUAACCCCAGUCUAGCUUCAGAAAUGAUCUUGAUUAUUCAAAAAACAGGAAUGCUUUAGUUUCUUUGUGUGACACAAACCCCUUUUAAUGUCAUAGACAGUAAUUACAGUCAAAAAUGAUGUAUUUGCCAACAUUUGUGUUUAUCUCCACGAACAGGAAACAUGUUGAAGUCUGAACAUAUUUUUGCUAAAUGACAACCUUGUAGCAGAAUUUGGAAGCUGGAAUAAAGUGUGUGGAUUUAGCUAAAAGGUCAGAACCAAAUCUCUGAGAUGCAAUCAGAAAAAAAUAUGUGCUAUUGAGUCUUUGGCAAAUAGAAUAUGUUUUGUAAACGUGAUGAAUUUGGGGGAAGACUGAGACCAGCAUUACAAUACAGGGGUUUCACCAUUUUAUAAUUUUUUUGGUUUUUGCAGAACACCUCCGUGUAGGAGAAUCACUUUGUAUAAUUUAACCCUAAAUAUCAGUCUAAAUAAUAAGGUAAAAUAAAUAAAACAUUUUUUAUAGCAGAUUAAACCUCAUAAUCGUUGGGAUUAUGAUAGGAAAAGUUAAGCAAAACUUUUUUUAUUGAUAAUCAUGAUGUUAUAAAUGUUAAAACAGUUGAUCAAAGAUUGAAUCUUCUACCUGUUUUUUUUAAAGUUACAGAACUUUGAGGAUUUUUAGGGUGGAAAGGUUAAAAAUAGAACCAAGCUUGAAUUUAAUUUUGCCUUUAUAAUGAUUUUUUCUUCUGAAACCUUAUUUUAGUGCCAUUGUUAAUAAAAAUGUGGCCCUAAAAAACACUUGCCAUAUAAAGUUAUAUUGCCAAGAAACUAUAAGAAACAAAAAAUUAAAAGUAAAGUAUUAAAAAAACAGGUUUUAUGCUAUUUUUUUAAAACUAAUUAUAAAGAAACAGCUGUUAGCUACAUUAACACACCUUUACCUGCUUCAGUUAGCAGACUUUUUAUUUAUAUCUACUCUUCAGCAUUAAAGCAACUUUAAUAAAGUAAUUACCGCUCCAAUAUUUAAACAUAAAGACAGAUCAGUGAGGAACAAAGCUCUGAACAAAACAUGCUUUAAAAGGUUUUGGAUUCUGCUGAUAAAAUGAACUAAAACAAAUCAACUAGAGUUUGAAGUUGUGACAAAGGAGUUCCUAACAAUCAUCUGUAAAACUACAGGCAGCACAUAAGCAAAGCAAUUGGGUAAAGUUCUUAAAAAUAUUCUAAAAGUUAAACUCAAAUGUUAUAAAAAUGUUCAUGAACAUGAUUUUGUACUAGAUGCCACAUUUUAGUGGAAAAUUCCAUAACACUAAAAGGGAAAACUGUCUUGUAGGCACAUUUUAGAGAGCUGCUCUUGAAUGCAUCUCGUUUUUCUGUCUGAUAAAUGUUUCUGCAGUAGUAACACUAACAUAUGCAUUAGUGGACCGUAUGCAUUCAUGAGAUUUCCUUUCUUAAGCUCUUGUAGCAUAAAGAUAGAGCAGGUAUUGUUUACGCUCAGUUUCAGUGGUGCCUGGCCUCUGCUUUAAGGUUAAACCAGCCAGCGUUACACCCACAUAACACACACCCACUGCUCAAGACUAUACUCUUUAUAUACAGUCAUGGACGUUUGACCAGCAGCUUUACCUUAUGAUGCAAAGAGGUUACAGGUACCGGAUCUCUUCGUAGUCGUGGCCCUCCUUCUCGUGGAGCAAAUGGUCUAGUCUUUCAUAUAAUAGUUAGGAAGAGUGGGAGCAGAGCUGAAGCUAAUGUAAAUAUGAUGAUGCUGUCAAAAGUGAGGGGGUCAGACAGUCCUGUUGACUGUAUAUGAGAACUGGAGUAAGUGACCCCACCCUCAAACAUCUAUUACUCAGUGAUUAUAUUUGUCAGAAUCACCAUACAUAUUCUGAUAAUUCUCUUGUUUCUAUUUUUUCAAGUUAUAAACAUGCUAAUCAGAUGUCUCAAUAAAAGUAGGCGGAGCCUGCUGGCCCUCAUCACAUCCAACAUUUGAAAUGUUUGACAGAUUUGGAGUAGCACUCUUUCAAUUGGUAGGGGCCUUCCAACAAGCCUACAUAAUUGGCAAAAAUCAAACGUUCGUGGCGAAAUGUUCAGCCAGACCGAUUCGGACCAAUUACUGCUGACUGAUGACUUCUGGUUCCAUUACGGUGACAUCCAUAUACCAGAAAAUGAUGACUUCAUUGGGCUGGAGCUGGACAUAAACCGUUUUCUAUGGGUGACGUCACACUCACCCUUCGUACCAGUUCACAGAUACAGUCAAUGGUCCGUCCCAAAUGAAAAAAAAGUUCAAUCCAAUUGUCUGUUUUGGAUGAGAAGUCCCUGGUAGCAUCAUUUUUAGUCAAUUUUUGAUGGAUUUUUCUGCAUUUUUCUUGUCCAACUCAUAGAAUUUGUGAUUUUUGUGUGUUUGUGCGCUUUUUGUGCACGUCUUUUAUUCAUUCAUCACUCCACACACGACUCUUGGGACUCAUUUGGGUGUUUGUCCACCGCUUUGUGUGUCUGAGAGUUUUCUAAUUCAAAUGAUUCCGUUUGGGGUGUUUUAUGUAAACUUUACUGCAGAUGAUUCAUAAUGACUCCCAAAUGGGAGAACUAAUUCUCUACAUCUCCAACAAACCUACAGGGAGACAAAAAGUAUUUGAACACCCUGUGAUUUUGCAAGUUCUCCCAUUAGAAAUCAUGGAGGGGCCUGAUAUUUUCAUCUUUGGUCCAUGUCCAUUGUGAGAGAAAUCAAAAAAAAUCUGGAAAUGACAUUGUAAGGAUUUUUAAAAACAAUGUAUUUGUAUGCUACUGCUGCAAAUAAGUAUUUGAACACCUGUCUAUCAGCUAGGAUUCUGACCCUCCAAGACCUUUUAAAUAGCCUACUUCCACUUCACUAAUUAGAAUCACCUGUUUGAGGUUGUUAGCUACCUAAAGACCCUAAAGACACCUGUUUAUCACAUACAAUUGGUAAAACUUCAUGGGCUGCAUGGUGGCGGAGUGGUUAGCACUUGGGUUUUCUCCGGCUUCCUCCCACCAUCCAAAAACAUCCUUCAUAGGUUAAUUGGUUACUCUAAAUUGCCCCUAGGUGUGAAUGUGAGUGUGUGAUUGAGACCCUAUGGAAGACUGGCAACCUGUCC